ACAAAACCAUGCCUUAAUUCCAAGAACAUAAAAGAAGUAAAAAAGGAAAAGGGUAGGUGGAGAGAGAGCGUAGGGUAAAGCAAAAGGAUGGUCUUUCUCACACACAAAUCCCUAUAGAUACCAAAGGCGUGCCAUGCCCCCCCAACGCUAAUUCUAUUUGCUCCAUUUAAACCCCCCCUCUUGCUUUCUUCAAACAGAGAGCUGGGUUUUUUGUUGGUAAUGUUGGCUAAUAGGCUAUGAGUUGCUGAAAUUUGGGUUUUUUGGUUCUUUUAUAUGAAACGUUAGACAUCCUUCUCUCUGCUACUAGCAAACAAACAAAAUAUAUCCAGUUUCAAAGUGGGGGUGAAGUAAGGAUUUGUUGGAAUCAUUAGUGUUUUUUUUUUUAUUUAUUUGUCAAUCAUUGAGAUUUUGCUCUAAAAUUUAGAGCAUUGUGUUGAAAAGAGGGAUAGAUUGAACUGAAGGUAGAAGUAAUUCCAUGAAUAAUGUUAAUGGCAACAACUGUAACUGGCUAGGCUUCUCUGUCUCCCCUAACGUUAACAUGGAGCUUUCUUCUUCUGCUGCUACUUCUGUCUCCCCUUCAAUUCCUGCAAAUCUUUUUCACUCCCCAUCUCAGUUUAACUAUGGCAUUUGCUAUGGUGUUGAUGGAGAACAUGGUGCCUUUUAUUCACCAUUGUCUGCCAUGCCCCUCAAGUCAGAUGGUUCAAUUUGUUCAAUGGAAGCUCUCAGCAGGCAACAUCCACAAGUGGUGAGUAGCUCUACUCCAAAACUAGAGGAUUUCUUUGGUGGUGCAACUAUGGGGUCCCAUCACUAUGAGAGUAAUGACAGGGAAGCUAUGGCUCUCAGUCUAGACAGCAUAUUUUGCCAUCAAAACCCAACGCAUGAGCCCAACAACCAAUCUUUUGCCCAUUUCUCAUCCUUGAGAAGCCGUGAACUGAUGCUUCAAGACUCGAAGGUAAUCCUGCCUGAUGGGUGCAAUCUGCAGCAGCAGCAACAACACCCAGGAGUAGCCCAGAGUGAUAUUUCUGGUAUGAAGAAUUGGACUGUUCCUAGAAACUAUGCUGCCACUAACAAUGGUUCGUUCGAGCAGAAGAUGGUGAGUUGCAUGAGUGAAAAUGGUGGUGAAUCUGGUUCUAUUAAUGCCAUGGCUUAUGGAGAUUUGCAGUCAUUGAGCUUGUCUAUGACUAUGAGCCCCAGCUCUCAGUCAAGCUGUGUCACAGCCACGCAGCAUGUCUCACCUGCUAUGACUGACUGUUCUGCUAUGGAUACAAAGAAAAGAGGCCAUGAGAAGGUUGAUCAAAAGCAAAUUGUUCAUAGGAAGUCUUUAGAUACCUUUGGACAGAGAACCUCACAGUAUAGAGGGGUUACAAGGCACAGAUGGACGGGUAGGUAUGAAGCACAUUUAUGGGACAACAGUUGCAAGAAAGAAGGUCAAAGCAGGAAGGGAAGACAAGUGUACCUCGGAGGUUAUGAUAUGGAAGAAAAAGCCGCUAGAGCUUAUGAUCUUGCUGCACUCAAGUAUUGGGGACCCUCCACCCACAUUAACUUUCCUUUGGAAAACUAUCAGAAAGAAUUAGAGGAAAUGAAAAACAUGAGCAGGCAGGAAUACGUUGCUCACCUGAGAAGAAGAAGCAGUGGGUUCUCGAGAGGAGCCUCGAUAUACCGAGGUGUAACAAGGUCUAAUAAGUCUCAACUCAAAGCUUUACACCAUCAACAUGGAAGAUGGCAGGCUCGUAUUGGCCGAGUUGCUGGUAACAAAGAUCUCUAUCUUGGGACAUUCAGUACUCAAGAGGAAGCAGCUGAGGCAUAUGACAUAGCAGCCAUAAAAUUUCGAGGAAUGAAUGCCGUUACUAAUUUUGAUAUCACGAGGUAUGAUGUUGAGCGGAUCAUUGCAAGCAAUACCCUCCUAAGUGGGGAUCUAGCUAAGAGAAAGCAACAGCCAGAGUUUGACAAUGAAUCACUCAGACAAAGCCCUCCUACUCACAACAGCAAUUCAGAAGCUAUGACUCUGCCCUCACAGAGUAGUAGUCAAAGUGAAUCAGACUGGAAGAUGGCUCUUUAUCAUUCCUCACAACAGCUCAUUCCAAAGCCACGAAUGCUGUCUGCGAUAAAUGACGAUGGAUCACAACUCGGUGUUGAAGAUUCUGCCAGAAUGGGAGCUCAUUUCUCCAAUGCAUCUUCAAUGGUUACUAGCUGCAGCUUGAGCAGCUCAAGGGAGGAGAGUCCAGACAAGACAAGCCUUUCAAUGGUGUUCGGAAUGCCUCAAUCGACAUCUAAGCCGUUUGCUACCUCGGCUAAUAAUAUGAACACCUCCUGGAUUGCAUCUGCCCAGCAGAUAAGGGCAGCAAAUUGUAUGAGCCAGUUGCCAGUUUUUGCUGCCUGGACUGAUACUUAAGAAAGGGAAAAAAAAAAAAAGGUCCAUUUGAUAUUUUCCUGAUAUAGUGCCUUCCCAUGUUGAAAGAUCAAGAACUUCAACACUCCCAAAACCAUCCUUAUCAGAUGAAAGUUUUUGUGAGAAAAGUUCUGAAAGAUGAGGAAUAUUUUAAACAAUAUCCAUUGAAGUUCAAAUUGGAAUCUUUCUCAAUCUUCACAUCUCUAUAUUUCUCUCUCUUUUUUUUUUCUUUUGUUUUUGAAAUCAUAAUUGAAGUCUCAGCUUUAUUGGUGUUUUCUGAAGUACAAAAAUGAAGUGUGUAUUGAAGGUGUGGCCCAUCAAAAUAUAGAGGCUGAUGGAUUAGCUCAGCUGUAGUGUGGUGUGGCCUUUUGCUUUUAAAAGCCUUUGACCGUAAACAAAAAUCCUUUAUCAA